AUGCUGUUCUCCAAGAUCAUCUCUGUUGCCGCCUUGGCCACCCUCAGCUCCGCCCUUCCCACUCCCACCAACGGCACCGUUGUCCGUCGCGAUGGUGGAGGCGUCAACAUCAUCAACAACCUGGAUUCUACCGUCUACGCGUGGUCUGUCACUGAUAGAGUCAGUGACAUGCAUACCCUCUCUGCGAACGGUGGGAACUACCAGGAAGGCUGGCGCACUAACGACAACGGCGGUGGCAUCUCCAUCAAGCUCUCCACCACCGAGGAGCAGAAGGAUGUCCUCCAGUUCGAGUACACCCAGAGCGGUGAUACCAUCUACUGGGACAUGAGCUGCAUUGACAUGUCCCCCGACUCAGUGUUCACCAAGAACGGUUUCGCUGUUGAACCCUCCCACAUCACCGAGACUUGCCCGUCCGUCAACUGCCAUGCGGGCGAUACCAACUGCGCUGAGGCUUAUCUCCAGCCCAAGGACGACCAUGCCACCCACGGUUGCCCGAUCGACACCACCUUCACUCUGAAGAUGGGCAACUAG